ACUUUACUUCCUUUUACCAAAUUUUUUAUUCUAUUUAGUUACACAAUCAUGAAGCUGGAAAGUUGGUGUCUUACUGGUGAAGAGCAUGAUCAUCCCCAGGAUACGGUUAUCAGCAAACUAUUUGAGGAUCAAUUAGAAGAGAACUUGGAUCUCCAAAAUAAGGUGGCUGUAAUUCAUGCUGAAACCAAGGCAGAACUUACAUUUAAAGAGCUAAAUGAGAAAGCAAAUGUGUUGGCAAGAUUGAUUUUGCGAAAGGUUAAAAAAGAAGGAAUGCUGCCCAAUCAGGAUGGAGAUUACAUUGUUGGAUUAAGGUUUGUUCCUGAUGAAAGUCUUAUCAUCACCAUCUUAGCUUUGUUUAAAGCAGGUUUAGCCUAUGUUCCGUUAGCUCCAAAUUGGCCUGAGGGGAGAGUUCAGCAUAUCAUUAAUGAAGCUCAACCAAUCAUGCUGAUGACCAAUGCCAAGUCUGACAUCUUGGUAAAAGCUCAAAAAGAAUUGGCCAUUACCAAGAAGAGGCCAAUUUUUCAAUACAAAGAAAUGAUUGAGGAAGCCUAUAAAACAAACACUUCCAUCCUCAACCUGCCAUCUAAUCAAAUAUUGAACAACUCUUUAAAAGGAAGUCGUCUUUAUUCCGUUCUUUAUACAUCUGGUAGUACAGGUACUCCAAAAGGAGUAAGGCAUGUUCAUAGAGCAGCAUGCAAUAGAUUCUUUUGGCAAUGGAGAUGCUUCCCAUAUUCUGAAGAUGAGGUAUGUGUAUUUAAAACAACUCUGACUUUUGUUGAUUCUGUUACAGAGAUAUGGUCUCCUCUGCUUUCAGGGAAAAAGCUGGUAAUUUUUCCUACUAAAGUUACACAAAAUGUUGAAGACUUUGUUAAUAAGCUUGAAGAGUUCAAAAUUGGUCGAGUAUUUGUUGUAACUUCGUUGGUCCGAAACAUUCUGGCCUUCUGCCGUUUGAACAAGCAGAGGAAAAGGCUGCAAUUUGUCAAGAUCUGGGACUGCUCUGCUGAACCUGUCACAAAAGAUAUCCUUCUCUCUUUCUUUGAUUAUUUUCCCCAAGACCACAUGAUAUCAAAUUUUUAUGGCUCAACUGAAAUUAUGGAUGUAACUUAUGAAACUUUUAAAUCAAAGGAAAAUGUGUUGGAUGUCAGCAUGGAUGAUAAAAUACCCAUAGGCUACCCUGUUGAUAACACUAAAGCCUACAUUUUUGAUGAUAACCUACAGCCUGUUAAUGAAGGAACGAUUGGUAACUUAUAUAUUGCAAGCCGAAAUCUAGGUGCAGGUUAUGUUGGUGCUAAAGAGGGUGGGUUCCUAACAAAUCCACAUUGUGAAGCAAAGGAUGAUUACAAAAUACUAUAUAAAACAGGAGACUUUGCAAUCAAUAAGAACAGUCGUCUCUACUUUCAAGGAAGAGCAGAUUCUCAAGUCAAGAUCAGAGGUCACAGGGUUGAUUUAUCUGAAAUUGAGAAAGCUGUAACUGAUGUGAUAUCUGUAACAAAAGCCACUGUUCUUUGUUUCAGUCCAGGAAUGCCUAACCAAAAAGUUCUCUGCUUUUACACUGUAAAGGAAGGGUUUGUAAUGCCUGAACCAAAGCUUGAAGUUCACUUGUCAUCAGUACUUCCUGAUUAUAUGAUGCCAAAACUAAUCAAGCUUAAUAGUUUUCCACUCCUUGUAAAUGGAAAGAUUGAUAGGCAGGUUUUGCUACAGAAGUAUGAAGAUUCUUUGUCCUGCAGUCAAUUUGAAUUUGGUGAGGAAGAUCUUAAAGAAAUAGAGGAGAAUGAUCAUGCAAUGGCAAAGGUUUUGCUUAGCUCAGUUGCAUCUGUCAUACAGAAUCCUAAUCACAAGCCAACACUAGAGGAUAAUUUCUUUAACAUAGGUGGAGACUCAAUAAACAUGGUGAUGGUAAUUAGUAAGAUUAGUGACCAUGGUUACAAUAUUUCAGUCACUAACUUUGUCAUGAGUGCUAAACUCAAAGAUGUAAUCAAACAUCUUACUGCUGGUGAAAUUCAGGAAGAUUUGGAUCACGUUCUGAAGAAAAUGAGUGAAGAGAAUGAAUAUUCCAGCGGUGACCUAAAAGAAGAGCAUAAAGCUAUUGUGCUAGACAUGAUGAGUCGCAGUUUUGCUGAAAAGGGAGAUCUAACAACCCUGGCUACUGUCACAUAUGAAGUUCUUAUUGAACAACUUGAGGUAUUAUGGCCCUCCCUGCUAGCAGCAAACCUUAGCAUAGUUGUGUAUGACAAGAAAAAUAUCCCUAUCGCAGCAUGUCUAAACUUUGAUGCCAGGUCAUCUGAAGCUGCUCCUUUAUGUGCUAGAGCAGCAUUUUCAAGAAACAUGAAUGAUUUGGAACAAUCUGCUGGUAAAAAUGGUGAAGAGGAUCACACACCUGAACAUCCUGAAGCUGUAGAUGAGGUUCCUAUGUCUGUUGUUGAAUUCCUGGAGUCUGUUGAAGAACCCCUCAAGGAAAAGCAUAUUCCUAAGGAAAUGGGAAAGUUCAUUUACACUAGUAUGCUGGGAACUUCUAAAAAUCUAAGUCCCUUAGAGAACAUUAGAGUGGCACUUUUCAUGGAGCAGGAAAAUAUUCGUAAGGGAAGAGAGCGUGGAUUUUUGGGAAUCUUUACAGCAAAUGCAAACCGGCUAACCCAGCUGAUAUCAAGAACACUGAAGUAUCAGAUUUUGUCUACAAUACAAGUCAACCAGUACGAGGAUGAAAAUGGCUGCAGACCUUUUGGCGAAGCACCUGACGAUUUAGUGACUGAAAUUGCAAUUUUAAAGUUUUAACAUUUUUGCAAAUUGUAAUGCCUUCACAAGUUAGACAUUCAUUUAUUUUUUCAUAAAUACAAAUGCACAUUAAAAUUAGUAGAAAUAACAUUUGGGUAACAUUUUUGCUUAAAUUGUCAUAUUUACUGAACUGAGGCCUAACAAAUUUUUAGUAUUUAACUUUUUUUAUUACGUUUAGAUACACACAUUAAUUUAUCACUAAAAUAUUUGUAAUAUUUCAUUUCAGCAAUCCUAAGUAUAUAAU